AUAAAGCUUGCUCGUUACAUCUUUAUUUUGCAGUUUAACCAAACUCGCGUAACGUAACAACUUCAUCAAUCACACGUCAAAGCUUGUACCGUUUGCGAAGAUCAUUGUAUACAUCUGACAGUCAAGAUAUUCUGUAACACUUAAAUAGCGGCAAACGUAGGUAUAAAGAAGUUGGUCACGAAACUCUAAUUUUAAAGACUCUCGUUCGUCAAGUUGAUCGACAUGAUCAAGUUAUACAUGUGCCUUCUGUUGCAAAUAUGCGUGAUAACAGCAGCAAUGAAUAAGACUUUCCUAGACACAUCAGACAAUUUGACGUUAUUUCGUCUGAUACGUACUUGGAUAUUGAAUAAUUUUGAAAAAGGACAGAGACUAGAUGCAAAAAAGGCGGGAAUAGUUCAAAAAGAAUUUCCAACAAAUGUUCCAUUUCCUUGCAACGUGACAGGAGGCAGAUCUCCCACCGUGCCUGAUUCGGUAAAUCGAUUGAGACCAGGUGAUAUUGAUGUUAUUGCCGCGAUGGGCGAUUCUAUAACAACAGGGGCUGGAUUACUUGCAACUAAUACGAUGCAGUUAUCUAUCGAAAACAGGGGUAUGAUGGCGACUAUCGGUGGCGAAGAAACAUGGCGAAAAGUUUUGACGCUCCCUAAUAUCUUCAAAGAAUUUAAUCAUAAUUUAGUAGGGUAUGCGCUUGGAAAUUCUUUGACUUCUCAUCCAGCUUCGCAAUUGAACGUGGGUGAAGGUGGCGCGCUCUCUAUGGACAUGCCUUAUAUGGCUAAAUUUCUAAUUAAUAGAAUGAAGAAGGAUCCGAGGAUAGAUAUAAAUAAUCAUUGGAAGUUUAUAUCAAUAUUGAUCGGGCCUAAUGAUUUUUGCGCAAUGUGUAACAAUCCUUCUCCGUCUAGCAUUUUGAAAAAUCAUAAAAAAGAUUUGAUUAAUACUCUUCGAAUAUUAAGAGAUAAUUUACCAAGGAGUUUCGUCGCUGUUAUAAUAUCACCUCACAUAAAAGAAAUAGUCAAAGCACGUAGAGGAAGAUUCUCGUGGAGAUGCUAUUUGAUAAGUACUAUAGAAUGUCCAUGUUUGCUAGCUAUACAAUACAAAGAACGAAGACAGGAAUAUUAUGAAAUAAUAGACAAAUGGCAAGAAUUGGAGGAAGAGAUCGUUAAUUAUCCAGAAUUUCAUACAAAUACCUUUACCGUAACAAAUCUUUCAAGUAUAAAAAAUAUAAAAGUUCCGCUCGCUGAAGAUGGAUUCGCCGAUUUGUCGUACUUUUCCAUCGAUUGUUUCCAUUUGAGUCAAAAAUGUCACGCGAUAAUGGCAAAUUAUAUAUGGAAUAAUCUGUUGGAACCAAUUGGUAACAAGACCGACCAAAUUUUUCCAAAAUUUUUUGAAAAAUUCUUAUGUCCUACCUCGGAGAGGCCAUACCUGAUGACACGUGAAAACUCACGGAAUAUAAUUUGACAUUAAUUAAAAUUUGAAUCGCGUUUAUAAUCCAUCCAAUUAAAAUACUAAAAAUAUUGAAAUUUAGUACAAUGAUUGAAUAUUUAUUUUUUGAAUGUUUACAAUGUUAUUUUGAUCAUUGAACCAAUCAUUUUUGUAUCAGUACAAAAUAUUUAUUUAUAUUUCAAUAAAAUCAAAACUUUUUUUAUAUCA